CCUUUUUGAUUGUUGUUCAUUGUUGGUUUCCAAUGGAAACUCUGAUAUUUGUUUACUUUUUGUUACAAAUGUUUUAUUUCAUUGAAAAAGAGUAAGAGAUUUGGUAGAGAGAGAGAGAGAGAAGCAAUUUACUAGGAAUUAAAGGUGAGAAAGAGAAAAUCAAUUGUUUCGAUUGUUGUGAUUUAGAAAUGAGCUACAAUGUCGAUAUUGAAUCAGUCAAAUCAAAGUAUUUCCUCUAAUUGUGUUCGUAACAAUGAUGACCCUUUAUUACCUCCGGUUAGACGAACUCGACCAAGUUCAUCAAGUGAAAGAGGCUCUUGGGGUAAAGUGUCGACUUCUCAACGAAAGAUGAGUCUUGAUGUUUCCAAUCAAGAAUCGAUUAAAUCAACAGGUGGACAAUCACGAAGAAUAGAAAAAGAGAAAUACUGUCCUCGAUUAUCACGAACUUUUCGUUCUGUAGGUGGUGACACAACAAUGGAGGUCAAUUUAUCUAAUAAAUUCAAAGAUAAACCAGAGAGACAAAGUGACCUAGUCAAGAUCAUAAGAUACAAUGACAAUUUCCCCGGUGAUGACCCAUUGAUCCUCGAAGGAACCUUAAUGUUAGAAAAAUUUGACCAAUCAAUUGAAUCCAUUGACCAACAAUCAAGUCAAUCUUGGAUAACACUGAUUGAUUGUAAACUAAAACUUCAACGUCUUUUACUUGAAAAAAUUAAAUCAAUUGCGGAGGAAGAUUGUAUCACCUUAAUCCAAGAUGGACGAUCGUAUAUAAGACAAAUUGAAACAAUUUACACGGAAGAUCAAUACAAAUUAGAGACAGCCGGUAAUCUAAUCAAUCUAACAGAGAAAGAUCGUAAAGUGGCCUUAGAUGAUUUCAUGGGGACAAGUAAAAAGCGUAAAAAUUUACCCAACGAGACACAGAAACGAUUCAAUUCUUGGGUCGCCGAUCUGAACAAUUGUCAACGUCUAUUGAACAUAAACUAUCGAGUUCCAAAGGAGCGAUUAACAGUUCUAAUGGUUGAACAAACUGCGAGUAAAUUGGAGAAAAUUAAAUUAACAAUAUUACACUGGUUAUCCUUGACUCUAACAAUUAACAUGAAAAUAAUGUCAAUCUAUUGGGAUCAUCUUCCAUUCGAGACAUUGAAUGAUGUUUUCGUUGCUUGUUUAACCUUCAAUCAAAUUUGGGAAAGUGAAUCAAUUGAUCCGAUUACAAUAUUAUCAUCAACCCAAGCGGAAUCAGCAUCAGCCCGAAUCUCAUUUCUCAUUCAAAGUGAGGCCAAAAAAAUAACCUCAGCCAAACGGAAAGUAAAUAAUAACAAGUUUAAAGUAAACAAGGAAACAAUUAACACCAAUGAAAGUGAUGUCAACCCGACGAUGACCACGACAGUUAAAUUGACCGUUGGGAAUCAAGUAUCGGCCAAAGAUAUUUCAUCCACCCCACCGUCAGUGUCUUCUGUGUCCACCCCAUCCUCUUCACGACAAACUGUACUUCCGCCAAUAGCUCGUAUCAUUGGUAAAACAAUUAAAGACGAAACCGGAUCAACAUCUGAUUAUUAUACAAACAGUGUAACAAGCAACGAGUCAAUUGUUGAUAAAAGUUAUCAUAAUAUUGCCUCAGGUGAAAUGAUUGAUUUACCUUCUUACCUUUCAAUUGUUUUAUCUUCAUCUCAAAGAAUUGUCCUUAAAUUGUCAUUUAUAUUACAAACUGCUUCCAAUGGUUUAUCAUCAACACUAUUUAAUUCAAUACCAACAAUUAAAUCAUCAAAACUUUCAAACAAUUUACAAGGUAAAAAGUUAAUCAACUCACCAAGAGCAACUUGGUCUAAGGUUAACAAUUUAAACGCUUCCAGUGGUAACAAUUUAAUUUCUAGUUCAACUAAUUGUUAUGAUAAUUUGUAUUGGCCAAUAUUUUGGAAAAAUUUCACCCAACAAUUAAUUGAUAAUAUUCUGUUUGCUCAGAAUAAUUUACUAAUUGGUUCAUUAUCAUCACCAAUUUUUUUCACUCCGAUAAGUUUUCAAAGGCUUAUUCAAGAAUCGUUAACUAAUUGUCUCAAUGAAGCCGAUUUCCCUUCCGAAGCAAUUAGUGAAAUUAAACAAAUUAACGAUAUAUUAAACUACCAUUUAACUGAUCAAAUUUGGUUUAAACUUUAUUUGGACAUUUAUCAAAUUAAUUCUGAUCGUUGUAAUCAAGUUUUCGGGCGCAAUGAAAGUAUAACUUAUGUUCCUGAGGCUGUCAAGUUAAUUAAGGAAUUAAUUUCAAUUGUUCAUCAAGAAACUAAUUGUACAUCUUUUCAAAUUUACCAAAUUUGCUCAAUUAAACAAAUUGAUUCACUGUUGAGGUUAAUGAUUAACCAUACGAACAACAUUUCCAAUAGAAAACCAAUUAAAGAUUUGAUUGAGUUUUACAAAGAGAUUCAGACUCUCGAUAAACCGAUUAAAACUCUACAAUUAGAUGAACAAUCAACUUCUAAUGAGAUAUUGAGUUUACUCAAUAAUCUAAUUGAAACAUUGGAAUCAAAAGUAAUCACUGGAUUACAGAAAUUAACUUUACAAACAUUUGCUCAACGAAUUGGACAAUCAAAGGGUAAUCAAAGUGAUCCAAUUGUCCCUUAUGUUAAACAUUUAAUAUUGGAACCAAAUCUUGAACUAUUAACUGAUUGUUAUCGAUCAAAUCAUAUUAGUAGACUGAAAUGUUCAAUGAUUGGACUUUUUGCCAAAAUAAUUUACCAAAUUGUGAUUAACGAUGGACUUAAUAGUCAACUAAGAUUAACGAGACAUUUACGAUUAAUCAUGAAACAGGAAAUUGUUGAUUUUAUCCACGAUUAUGAUGGUUGGUUUAAAAGUAAUCAUCAACAAUUAGACGAGAUUAAUGAUCUUCGACAAUUAAUUGACGAAUCAACUAAAUCUAAAGGUGAAUGUUCACUUUUCAAACGAUUCAACCGCAUCUAUCCGAUUGCUAAUAAUUGGAAUCAACCUCAAACAAUUAACAAUCUAAAUGAUUUACAAAGAUGUGGAUGUUUUUUUUAAAACCAUAAUCAAAG